CUCAGACAUUUACUGCGUGACUAGAAUCAGACGAGGGUCAAAGUUGACCAAGAUGGUUGUGAAAAGUGAGGAAGAAGUUAUCCAAAACUCUAUGACAGAAGAUGACCCGAAUUCAAAUUCGGAGGCAUCCUCGAGUGCACAACCAAGAUGGGGCCCACAGCAUGCAGGUGCAAAGGAGUUGGCUUCACAUUACUCAAAAGAAAUUGCUCAUAUAUUGAGUCAGUGCAAUGGAAUUAAUGCGUCUGUUAGACAAAUAAAACGGAUUACUUCCUCACAAGGAUUAUAUCGAAGAAAAAAUAAGUCUAAUGUGUUAAAUGUUGGAUACUUUAUAAGCAUGGAAAUUCAAAGAUCCGGUCAAUUACAUGGAUAUAAAUGGAUGCACUCCAAGUGCUUGGAAAACGGUUAUGUCAUAGAUCAAGAAACUGUGCGAAUCAUUCUCAAAUGCAUUGACCCAGAAGGUGUCAGAUGUCGUACCAAACGACGCUUAAGACGCAGAGAGUAUUCGAAUCCAGGUCCAAAUUAUCUUUGGCAUUUAGAUGGUUAUGACAAAUUGAAGCCUUAUGGAAUAUGUAUUCAUGGUUGUAUAGAUGGAUAUUCAAGGCAAAUAAUAUGGCUUGAGGCAGCUUCUUCCAAUAACAACCCACGACUCAUUGCGGGGUACUUUGUGGAUGCUGUUUCGAAGAUGGCAGGUUGUCCAAAAAUAGUAAGAGCGGAUAUGGGUACAGAAAAUGGAACUGUUCGUCAACUACAAAUAUUUCUUCGAGAAGAUGAUGCCACAUGUAACCCAAACAGUGUCUUCUUGUAUGGGACGAGCAGAUGUAACCAGAGAAUUGAAAGCUGGUGGGGAAUCUUAAGAAAAGAGUUUGCACAAUUUUGGAUGAACGUUUUCGAGUCAUUUAAGGAUGAUGGCCAUUACUCUGGUGGAAAAAGGGUACAAGAAACUUUAUGUCUUAUUGUGAGUAUUGCACUGAUGGCCUUUAACCUGUGUGCCCUUGUGCUUCACUUCAAAGCAGAAAAUUGGUACAUUGUCCUGAUCUGCUCAUUGUUAGGAAUAGUGGUGGCCGACUUCUUUAGUGGACUGGUUCACUGGGGAGCAGAUACCUGGGGGUCUAUAGAAAUUCCAGUUAUUGGCAAGGCCUUUAUACGCCCUUUUAGGGAGCACCAUAUAGAUCCUACCUCCAUUACUAGACAUGAUUUUAUAGAAACCAAUGGUGAUAAUUUUGCUGUCGUAGUCCCUUUUCUGGGUCACAUGGCUUACAAGUUCAUCACGCUGUCUCCAGAGGAAAUUGACAAGACAUACAACUGGGAGUGUUUUGUAUUUUUACUGGCCAUCUUUGUCAGUCUGACUAACCAGUUUCACAAGUGGUCACACACAUAUUUUGGAUUACCAAAGUGGAUAACUUUUCUACAAGACAUGCACAUUAUCCUACCGAAAAAGCACCACCGUAUUCACCACGUAGCUCCCCAUGAGACCUAUUUCUGUAUCACCACUGGCUGGCUCAAUUAUCCACUAGAAAAAAUCGGCUUCUGGACAUUUCUGGAAGACAUGAUUGAAAGAUCAACUGGGAAUAAGCCAAGAGCAGAUGAUUUUAAGUGGGCUCAGAAAUGUCAAUGAUAAUAGUUUAGUAGUACAUAAAAUAUAUUUUUUGAAUUUCCAUGGACAUUAAGG